AUGGAGGAAUUCCAGAAUCUUUUGGACGACAUCGAACCAAGGUACGGAACAUCACGGAUUCCCAUGUAUCGUUCCCAGUCGAUCCCCAGGAAAUACGUUUCCAAUUCGAUGUACGAACGUCAAGUCCUAUCCACUUUGGUGGAUUGCUUCAAUGAGGACGUCGACGAUCCAGAGCUAGCUCAAAACUCAAGAUCCGAAAAUGACGGAAUGGAUAGGCGACAUGCGAAGAAUGUUAAGGAUGAAGAAAACGUUUCUGAUCGAUACAAAUGUCGUCGUCGCUCUCGAUCCUUAGGUGGCACAAUGGACAAAUCGGACCAGAUUUUAUACCGUAGACCAUCGAAAAAGUCCAAGAAACGCCAUCGCAAUGAAGAAGGUUCAGCCUUGGAAAUCUAUCAUGAACCACUUGCAGUUGUAGUCGAGGAAAACAAUAUGGGGGCAAUACCGGAAGAGAAUCCAGAAAUCGAAAUACCAACUGAGAAGCAAGAGCUCGAGAAAUUGCCGUUAAAAGUACUUUUAGUCAUGAUGUUCUCCAAAAAAAUCAGGAAUAUUCUUGGAUUUUUGUACUGUAUUUGCAAGUCCUUUUUUGUCAUUCUGGGUCUAUUCCUGGUAUUCUUUCUAAUCUGGGCCUACGAAUUCGGCGAACCAAUAGCUAGGAUUCAUGAUGCUAUGGGCUCUUUGACCAAAGAUCGUACACGUUCUUGGUGGAACCUUUUAUAA